AUGACUUUCGUCCCAAAGCCUCAGUUCUUCCUGAUCAGACCCGGGGCCGAGAAAAUCACGCCUACAGGGCAGAUCAUAGCCCAGCCCGCAACUGCUGUGCCUCUCAUUCCCGUCGACCUUUUGCCUGGUUGGGUAGAUGUCGUCGGCGUCCCGCGAAGUUUAUCGCCAGACGAAACCAAGGAUAUGGGAAACUUGGGAGUCGUCCAUGCAGAGCAGCAUAUCUACAAACUCCGAUUUGCAUCUGUCACUGAGGAGGAGAUUUUUGCAAGCUAUGAAGUGGACGAAGAUACUGAAUGUACAUCAAUGACACUGCCAGAUACUACCAACUUGAGUCCACCGGGCUCUCACGAUGGUCAUCAAGAAGACCAGAACCCAAGGGCAUUCACCCCAGCAUUAUCUCAGUCCCCCACGCCCCAGAAGAAGCUCAAACCAGCCCAAGGAAUCUCAUCGAGCCGCCACAACCCAGAAAACCAACAGCAACAGCCGGCCCAGCCAAAGUCUGCCCCGAAGAGAGAACCACCAUCAAUUUCAACCAACACCACAUCUCCAUCCUCACAACUACCCUCGCCAUGUCGACACUGGUGUCAACAGGGAGUCUGCAAAUGGGGUGCAGACUGCCACCACCAGCACACGAUGCCCACCUCCUCAGCCGGUCUUGCAGACGUUGGCCUCGCCCAGUUCCCUGACUGGUGGCUUCAGGCGCGGGGUGUCAUACCUAUGCCUCCAGAAGUGCUUCGUGCCGCAGAUAUAACGAGUGCCCGCCGAAUGGAUAAGAAGUUGGCCAGUUCUAUGAAGAAGAAGCCGAAGUUCAGGGGUCGUGCUAAGCGUAUCGACGUGCAACCGGCGGAUCUGCAUGAGAAUUUGUCGGAGGCUGAUGUGGAGGACGAUCUUGAGAAGGAGUUUGAGAAGAAGCUGGCGACGGUGAAUGAAGUGGUGAAAGAGCCGGAGACGCAAAAUGAGGGCAUCUUGAUUGAACUUUGA